AAGCAGGGAUAGUCAUUCCUUGGGAACAGGAGAUCCAAUCGCUUCUCCCUCCCCACAUCUGAUAACAAAACUGCAAUCAUGAGCUUCCUCUCCCGGGAGGGUUUAAAGGAGAUUCUCCAACAACUGGAAUGCCAUUUUACAUGGAUGUUGCAAAAGGAGGAUAUUGAUCCCGAUGAAUUGGAGGAAAGGAUUGUUGAGCAGAUCUGGUUCUUAAGCAACAAAUCCAAAGUCCAAAAUUACAACCUGCUGGCCUAUGUGAAAUUCCUGAAUGACCAGAAGGAUGAAGCACUGGAGAACUUACGGAAAGCUGAAGAGGCUGUGCCCGUAGAGUACCCAGGGGAAGAUGAAAAGGAGAGCCUGGUUACGUGGGGCAACUAUGCCUGGGUGUACUACCACCUGGGCGAUCUUACUGAAUCCCAAGCCUAUGUGAAGAAGGUCGAAAGCAUUUGCAAGCAUCAUGGAAGCGACUCUCCAUAUAAGAUGGAGCUCCCCCAGAUCGACUGUGAAAAGGGUUGGGCAUUCCUAAAAUUUGGAGGAAGGUACUACGAAAAGGCCAAGGAGAGCUUUGAAAAGGCACGGCAAAAAGAACCUGAAAACCCAGAAUUUAACUCGGGCUAUGCAAUCACAGUAUACCGCCUGGAAGAUUAUUACGCAAAAAAGUGUUCAGGGAAAGGGUCAUCACUGGAACCUCUGCGGCUUGCAGUAAAACUGAAUCCUGAUGACGUAUUUGUUGUUCCUCUCCUUGCAUUAAAGCUGCAAGAAACAAACAAAGUGAAGGAAGGAGAAAAGUACAUUGAGGAAGCGCUUAGAAAAUAUCCUGAUGUUCCUUAUGUGUUAAGAUACGCUGCCAAAUUUUACAGGAAGAAAGGUGAUGUAGAGGCAUCGCUGCAACAUUUGAAGAAAGCAUUAAGCUUGACCCCCAACUCUGGAUUCUUGCACCAUCAGGUUGGGAUUUGCUAUAGGACACAGUACUUUGCAUUGAAAAAAGAAGUGUCAAAAGGCAAAUUCCAAUCCAUUCUAAAGAUGUAUGAACUGAAUACGCUUUGCAUUUCUCAUUUUAAUAAAGUGGUGGAGCGUAAAACCAAGUUUGCCUAUGCUUAUAUUGACCUUGCUAACAUGUAUGCAGAACAAGGACAGCUACGGAAAGCAGAUGAAACCUUUCAGAAAGUAUCUGCCAUGAGCAGUCUAACUUCAACAGAGAAGCAACAGCUCCAUUUUAAUUACGGGCGUUUUCUGGAGCGUCACAUAAAAUCAGAAGCCAACGCUAUGAAACAGUACCUGGCAGGGCUGAAAAUUAAAAACAGUUCAUUUGAGAAAAAAAAGUGUGAACGGAGCUUGAAGAAAUUGUUAGAUAAGGCAGUUAAGAAAGGUGCAAAUAGUGUUGAGGUAUUUGAAAGCCUGGGAUUCUUCUGCCAAAGCAUUGGAUUAAAAGAAGAAGCCCUUGAAGCCUAUGGAAAAGCCAUGGAAAUGGAUCCUUUGAAUGAAGAAUACCUGAGUAUAGUUACGGCCUUGAAGCUUUCCUUAGAGAGCUAAAUGUUUGCAUAUAUUUGGAAAGCACGUGGUUUCCGAAGAUUUUUAGCUUUGCAUGUCAUGCCAUGUCAAAACACUUAGGUUCACAGUUGUCUAGAGCUAGAGUACUUACAUUUCUGCUGUGUGUUUUCUUUGAAAUUAUUUGAUAGAAGAAUAUUCGCUUUUAAUAAAGCCUUCUGGUGCCCUUCAGUUUCAUUAAAGAGACUGAAUGCCUCAGUGUUUCUAAUGUAUGAAUGUAGUUAGAAAACUACGUACCACAAAUAGGGAUUUUGAAUCUUAAAUGUUUACAUGGCCGUUUCUAUAUUUUAGCACCAUUAAUCAUCAUUAAUCCCCUAAACCUCAUCCACUGGUCAUAGAACGUAUUUAUACCUUAGCAAAUGAAUGAGUCCACUCAAGGGUUUAAAUUCUAGUUGACUAAUGUUUUAAAGAGAAUGCAAAAGGUACCAUAAAAAUUAAAGUUGGCUAAAUGCA